AUGGAAAAAAUUCCAGACCAAACCGGAUAUUUAAUAUUGACAGAGGACGGUGCAGUCCUUGAAUCUGCUGGUGAACUGGAAAAUGAUGAACGUAUUGCAACAAUAAUAAUUGAUCUUAUCAGUUUGUCAAACACUGUUGACCCAUUGGCAUUUGGUCCAAAUGAAAAAUUCAAGAAAAUAUCAAUAACAUAUGAUGAUCAUUGGUACGCUAUAUGUAUAUCAAAUAAAAAGAUAUACGUAGUCAAACGAUCCAUAUCACCUGCUGCAGCUGAAGGAAACGCUAUUGCAGUUUAA